GGGGCGCUCUUGAUCUUACUUCAGUCGUUUUCGUGAAAGAACCCAACUCCAACUGCCCAUAGUCAUACUCAUAGAGUUGCUACGUGCAAGUUUUAGUAGUCUGCGCCUAUACGUAUUGAUUUGUUCUUAGUGUUUACACCAACAGCAACAGCUACCUCCGGUUGUCUGUAGAGUGGAUGUGUGUGUGAGCUAGCACUAUUUACUUCUUUUCGACGGUGACAGGUCCUCCUUUGACACUGUUCACAGAACUGAAUUACAGUAACACGUAUGGUGCCAGGAAGCUAGGGGAACGCUAGGACCUGCAACUCGCUUCACGGAAGUCGAGUUUCUGCACGUAUGGGACAUCACUACGGAUAGUACUGAUUACUUGGCUGCAGGUGAUCACAUUCGCGUACCUUCCAGGAUAUUCUUGACCGUAGAUCUCUUUGCCGGUUUAUUGCUGUUUGCGUUAUCCAGAGCUCACUGACUUGUCAGUUUGAGCACUCUGGCAAGGUCUUCUGAGGAGUCUCUCAGCUUUCCAGUUUCCACGAUUGUAAAACCCAAUCUCCGACCGGUCUACAAACUUGUAGUGGUCACUCAAUCACGGCUACUGCUGCUGCUGCCCAAUCAUCGACGUCCAUUAGCCGUACUAAUAUAGCGGAUGUCCGGGUUGGCAGUGUGGCAGACCAGACAGACACAGUGCGGAUAAAGAUGAAGACAGCCGAACAUGUCAAAAGACCUAUGAACGCAUUCAUGGUGUGGUCAAGGGAGGAAAGGAAACAGUUUGCACAGGAGAACCCAAAGAUGCACAACUCGGAGAUCUCAACAAAGCUCGGCGAAAAGUGGAAGCGGCUGACCGAGGAAGAGCGUGCGCCUUACGUGGAUAAGGCCAGAAGCAUCAGAACAGAACAUAUGAAGAAGUUUCCGGAUUACAAAUACAGGCCGAAGCGCAAACCAAAGACCAUCUCUGCCACUUCCCGUGUUCCCACCACAAAUCAUGAUGAUGAGAGUGGUCCGGAUAGUCCACCUGACUCCCUGAAUGGGAGAGGUUAUGACCACCGGCGGUACCCGUUCUCGCCAUAUCAAACCUCUCGCGGCUCCAGAGCACCAGCUGGUGGAGUGCCAGUUGGAACACUGACAAGAGCGAGUAGUGCUUUUAACUUUCCUACAGCAAUGUCCGCAAGCGGAUGGACGAGCAGUGGAACAUCUCUGUCCAGUUCUACAACACCUAUCGGACAGUAUAGUCAACUUCAACGCAGCUCUAUAUCUCUUCCUGAUUUGAACGCUGCCACCAUCGUACCAGCUGGUUCACUUCAGCCAGUACCAGUAAAUGUAUUUCCUCAGGCAAAUCCUCCCGCCCCCGGACGCCAGGUGGCCACCAUGGUAUCGACUUCACAGGCAUUGAACGGCGGAAGCAGCAGUGCCACCAACCUGUACACCGCAGCACCGCAGUACCAAACGUUUAUCCUACCAAGUGCCGCUCCAGGACAGCCUCAAGCGGUAAUGGCAGCUGGAGCAGCGCCGCACUACGCCGUGAAAGUGGAGUCAGUGCAACAGCCGCAGCAUUCCUACCCAGGCCCAGCACCUGUUGUACUCACGUCGCUGCCGCCGCAGAUCCUACCCCCAACUCCUGGUGCCAUCCAUGCUAUCCAAGCGGCGACAGCGGCGACAGGGUCCCCUUCACUAAUGGCAGCACCCGCUAGUGCUGCCCAGUGCGCUGUACAAUAUACAACCCAGGCACCUGCAGCACGGGACCAUCAAGCUCCAGUUUAUUAUCUAGUACAACAACCCACGCAUAAUGUUCAGAUCCAGUAAACAAAGAAAAACACACACGCAUACAUACAUUUUCAUUGGCUUGAGGGAAAGAUGCAAACAUGCAUAUGAAUAUAUGCAGUACAUCUUCUUUUGUCCUUUAUCCCAUGUAAGUUGAGUGUGUGAUUCUUCAGUAUGCCAAAAAAAUAAAAAAACAGGAUUCGAGGGUAAGUAAGAGCUUCCUUCGCUUACAUGUACAUGUAUCAAAGAAGGCGUUACCGGCAGUUUGUGCUGCGACUUUAAACUAAACUCAACAACAUCACUCGUCGUAUUCUUCUGAUUCCUGAUUUCUCGCACAUAUUCGGGAAUAUAGUGGACUUUCGUAUAAAAAAUAAAAUAAAAUAAAAUACUUCGAUGCUUCUGUUCUUUGUCCACGCCAUCAAUAUUGUCGCUGAACUUUUACUUGGGACAACAACACCUGACUUUUACAAGUUGUUCUGCUCCACUUGCUCCAUCAUCACAAUUUAUUUGAGGGAGAGCAGCUGCUAAGCUGUUAAAAUAAUUGUUCUAGCCAUUCGGUAUUCUUAACCUUCACUUAUCAGAUCUUUUAAAAUGAUCCGAACAGCGCUGUGUGAAGGAAUUUUCUAUUUGCUGAUAGCUACAGCUUGGAGUCGUGUUGCUGGUGUGCUCCAGGUCUGCCAGAGAGCGCAGGUGGUGGAGGUAGAAGAACUACAGUAGAAAACCCCACAGUGUACAAGCAUCUCGUAUCUCAUCGUGAUUUCUGCAAAAGGUUUUCGGAUUUUUCUUUUUUCUGCUUUGUAAUCAUCAUUGUAGUGUACAGUACAUGUAUGUCAUGGAUGAGUCAAUGCAAAAUGGCCGCCAUACUCGGAAUCGGA